AUUAUCUGUUGCCCUAUUUUCAUUUCCGCCGCCCCCAUUCCCACCGCUCCCGCACUUCAGAUUGGAGUUUCUAUUAUACUGUUGAAAAACCCUCUCAAUCCAUCCCAAAAUGGAGGCAGAUUUCUUCAAAAAUCUACCAUCCGAAAUCAUCACCGAGAUCCUCUUAAGACUACCUGUUGUAAGCAUUCCAAUAAGCAAAUGUGUUUGCAAGCGAUGGCUCCAUCUGCUUGAGUCUGAUGCAUUUGUCAAGUCUCAUUUUGCCAGAUCCGCCCCCGCCCUCGUUGUUGUGGGGAAUUCAAAUCAGUUGAAAGUUUUGGAAUUGGAAGGCGAGCUCAAUCUCCAUCUCGAGAGCUACAAUCCACUCACCCAGUAUGAUGUCCCUUACCGCUUGAUUGGAAGAAUAAGGAAUUGUUUUGAUGGUUUUCUUGUUAUAAAUUUGAGUUUUGAUAAGCUUGUUGUAUGUAAUCCGAUCACUCGUGAAGUUAUUGAGCUGGAUCUGCCUGCAGAUCCACAACAGUCUACUCUUCUAGAAGUAUCUGCUUUGGGAUUUGGGGGAAGCGAGGUAGUCUGUAUUAAACGUAGGCCCUAUGAUGAUAAAUUGGAUUGUCAUGUAUACACUCUUGGAGCAGGAUCAUGGAGACGCCUUGAAGGUAUUCCAUAUAAUUACCAUGAUGGUGAAGGUGCAUUUGUUAAUGGAAAUCUCCAUUGGAUAGCAACCAUUGGAGGAGAAGCGUCAUGGAUUUCUUGCUUUGAUGUUAAAACAGAAUGUUUUAGCUUCUUUAAAGCUCCUCCUUAUCAUGCUCAAGGAUUGCCCUUGAUAAGAGUAACGUCCAUUUCUGCUUUGAACGGUUGCCUAUGGUUUUGCAAGGUAGCAUCCGAAUAUGUGAAUUAUGGUGGGGGAUGCGAGCUUACUAUAUGGAUUAUGAAGGAAUAUGGAGUGGACGAAUCUUGGAGCUUGGAAUAUGUGAUCCCCAUUGAUGAUGGCUUGAGGGGAGACCUCUGACCGUGUCAAGUGUGGGCUUUUCACUCCCACCUUUGUUUCACUAAAAACUUUAGGUUUAGGUGUGGAGAAUGUAACCUCAUUCUGAUUGAUUGCAUUUUCAUAAUGCUGCAUCAACUAAAUGUAUGUUUGAAGAUUGAAUUAGUGAUGAAGCAUAUCAUUUAGAUCAAGGAAAUUAUCUUAUCUACAUAUAUUAUGGUUCCUUUUGGUACAUUUCAUAGUGGCAUUGAUGCUGCUCCUACUCUUACUUGUAUAGUUUGAGGGAUUAUUAUCCGUAUUUUUUUUUAAUGAAUGAUGUGAUGAUGAGAUUGUUGUUUGUUAUAUAUGUUGUGAUAUUUGUCAA